UUCCUCAGAGAAGAUUAUAUUUCUCAUAUAUUCAGCAGGUGUUGAACAAAGUUGCAGUCGAUCCAACAACUAUGGCAGCUAUGAAAGUUCAUGGAAACCCUUUGUCGACAGCCACUCAGAGGGUUCUUGCUUGCCUUUACGAGAAAGAUGUGGAGUUUCAGUUCGUUAAUGUAGACAUGGGAGCUGGAGAACACAAAUCAGAAAACUUCCUUCCCCUCAACCCAUUUGGUCAAGUUCCAGCUUUUGAAGAAGGAGACUUGAAGCUCUUCGAAUCAAGGGCAAUCGCUCAAUACAUCGCCCAUGAAUACUCCGAUGAAGGGACACAACUGUUGUUGCCAGGCUCCAACAAGACUGUGGCAGUCCUUCAAUUGUGGAAGGAAGUUGAAGCUCACCAAUUUGAUCCUCCAUCGACGAAGCUAGUCUAUGAACUGCGUUACAAGCCGUUCUUCGGGAUGACUACCGACACCGCAGUGGCCGAGGAACAUGAAGCUAAACUUGCCAAAGUUUUAGAUGUGUACGAGACUCGAUUGGGUCAGUCGAAGUACUUGGCUUGUGACCACUUCACCUUGGCGGAUUUGCAUCACCUGCCUAAUGUUCAGUAUUUGAUGGGGAGCUCGGCCAAGAAGCUGUUUGAGUCUCGCCCGCAUGUUAAUGCUUGGGUGGCUGAUAUCACGGAGAGGCCAUCUUGGAUUAAGGUCCAAGAUAUGCUGAAACAGAAAGUUUGAAGACUUGGGAUGCAAUCUAAUGCAACUAUUAGUAUUUGAUGAAUAAGACUGAGGGUUUGUAAUCUUGGUUGCAUUUUUGCCUCAGCGUUGUGUGAUUUUGUCUUAAUUUGCCUUCAGUCUUCGAGUAGAAUGUAUUAGGUUUGUGUUCAUCUGUCAUGAUGUUGCAAUUUGUCUUUUGAA